ACUCUUCUGAAAAAAUAGGCAACAAGAGAACAAGUCUCCUGAGCUCUUGGAAAUAAUUACAAAAGUGCUUCGGUGUUUGCAAAGUUAUCCUUUGAAUAUAUAUAUAUAUAUAUAUAUCCAUCAGAAUGAGUUCCCAAGUUUGCUUCUUUUGGUGAAUAUUGGUUUUGGUUGCUGUGGGUCUGGAAUCUUCUUUUUUUGGAUUGGUUUGUUGAGAGCUUGAGAAGAGAUUGUGUGGUUGGUGUUUGUGCAGUUUCUUGUUGCUGAGUUGUUAGAUUUUAAUCUCUAAAGUGUGCCAUAUGGAGAUUUAAUUGGUGUUCUGAAGAUUGGAUUCAUUGGUCCUCUUGGUUUGGUUGCCUAAAUUGGCAGGGAAUACCUUUGAUUUUAUGCUUCUGGGAAUGUCAGGGAGAGGGAAAGGCAUAAGAAAAUAGAGGUGACAUAGAGAUGCUAUCUAGAAAUGGAAGGAAAAAGGUACUGGUUAUCACUGAUUUAAACUAAUCAUUCCUUGUUUUCAAGGUUUUUGGGAAACAAGGAGAAGAAAAUGAGCAAGGAGACGGAUAAUUCUUUCUCUGCUGAAUUAGGAGAAAGUCAUAGUUUCUCAGAAACUGGCACUUCAGUAUUGGCAAGAAGCUUCUCAGAUUCCAAUCCUAGUUAUCGAAGUAUGGAAUAUAGCAGUUUUCCAUCCUCUUUACAGAACACUGCAAAUGCUCAGACCUACAGGAUUUUUGUUGCAACUUGGAAUGUGGGAGGAAAAACUCCUCAUGGAGGGCUGAACCUCAAUGACUUUCUUCCUGCUGAUGAUCCAUCAGAUAUAUAUGUCUUAGGUUUCCAGGAAAUAGUCCCUUUGAAUGCGGGAAAUGUGCUUGUCAUAGAAGACAAUGAACCUGCAACAAAAUGGCUUGGCCUGAUAAACCAGGCACUGAACAGAACACAAGAAACUGAUGCUGCAGACUGCAUGAGCACUCAAACUGAUUAUAGCUUUACUUCACCAGCUAACACACCAAACAUUUCAACUUCCAAAGACUUGAAGUCACCCGGCAAUUUACUGUUCUUUCAAAAACCUUCUCUCAAGGCUGUCAGCAGAUCUUUCAGGAUUGUACAAGGAAGGAGGCUCAAGUCCUGUAAUUGCCCAUCAGAAGUAUCAAGGAAAUACUACAGAGACUCUUGUUUCGGUUGCCAGCAAGCAUAUACCAGAAAAGAUGAUUCUUCAGAAGAUGAAGCCGAGGAACCAGACGGCUUUAUGGUUCCUGAUCUAGCAAUUGACAUGCCUUCUUCUGUGAAGCAGCAAAAAUACAGUCUCAUUGCUAGCAAACAGAUGGUUGGAAUUUUUGUCACUGUUUGGUUAAGAAGAGAACUUGUCCCUUUUGUAGGCCAUUUAAGGAUUUCUUGUGUUGGUCGAGGAAUCAUGGGCUGCCUUGGCAACAAGGGCUGUAUAUCUGUGAGCUUGUCUUUGCAUCAGACUAGCUUUUGUUUUGUCUGCAGUCACUUGGCUUCCGGGGAGAAAGAAGGCGAUGAGCGAAGAAGAAACUCUGAUGUUAUAGAGAUACUGAAGAACACACAGUUUCCAAGGAUUUGUCGAUCACCUAGCAGAAGAGUACCUGAGAAAAUUCUUGGUCAUGAUCGGAUAAUUUGGCUUGGAGACUUGAACUAUCGUAUUGCAUUAAGCUACUCUGAGACCAGGAAGCUCCUUGAGUACAAUGACUGGGAUGCACUCUUCAAGAAAGAUCAACUUAAGAUCGAAAUAGAAGCCGGGCGAGUGUUCAAAGGGUGGAAAGAAGGGAAGAUAUUCUUUCCUCCAACAUACAAGUACUCCGACAACUCUGAUGCUUAUGCAGGAGAGGUUGCUACAUCAAAGAAGAAGAGAAGAACUCCGGCAUGGUGUGAUCGAAUAUUAUGGCACGGAGAUGGGAUCGUCCAAUUGUGUUACAUUUGUGGUGAAUCAAGAUUUUCAGAUCAUCGGCCUGUGUGUGCGGUUUUCUCGGUUGAAGUUGGGGUACCUGAUGCAAGAUUAAGGAAUGGUUUAUCAACUCCAAAUAUGAAGGUUGGAGUUGAAGAGCUGUUAUCUUCAGGAAGUAGUGAUUAUUUUCCUCACUAAACCAUAAGCUGACUUGGAUGAUGACUUACCAUUCUUGAAAACAAACUCCCAAAGAAACUAACAAAGAUCAUCUACACAGACUGGAGGGAUUACAUUUCCAGUAAAUUCCUAACAAUGCUGAAGUAAGUGCAACUAUUUUAUUUUUUUGAAUAAGAAGGAAUUUUUUAUUAAUAUGUUGGAAAUUUAGAAUCCCUUGUGAG